CACUAUAAACAUUUUUUCUCAUCAUUUUUCUUUUUCUCUCUAAAAGAAAAAAAAAAGCCAUGAGAAUGAGCUGCAAUGGUUGUCGAGUUCUUCGAAAAGGUUGCAGUGAAAAUUGCAGUUUAAGACCCUCUCUUCAAUGGAUCAAAUCACCUGAUUCACAAGCCAACGCUACUGUCUUCCUAGCAAAAUUUUACGGCCGUGCUGGACUCAUCAAUCUCAUCAAUGCUGGACCCCAACAUCUCCGCCCUGCAAUUUUUAGGUCUUUAUUGUACGAGGCUUGUGGCCGGAUAAUUAAUCCGGUAAACGGAUCAGUCGGGUUAAUGUGUUCCGGCAAUUGGCAGCGUUGUCAGGACGCUGUCGAAUCGGUACUCAAAGGAUCAACAAUCAUGCAAGUACCGAUUAAUAGUGAUGAUGAUAAUAACAGUACUGAUCAAAUUGUACCGUUAAAAGGAUGUGACAUACGACAUGUUUCAAAGUAUAACUCAACAAACUCAGAUAACCAACAAGUCAAAACUAGGAAUGGCAGGCUUAAGCGUAAGGGUAGUACUUUUGAUUCUGCAGCUUCAGCUUCCGUGGAAGUUGAAGCAGCAGAAGAGUACUUGUUGAAGAAUCAACCCCCGUUAAAGUUCAGUAUAACGGGAUGGGAUCAAUUUGAAGAGAGAGAAGAUGAGAUGAUCAAACGCUCACAAAGUCAUGACUCGUUUUCAGUUGAAACGGUUGAACCGACCCUUUUGGUGAACCGGGUCGACCCGGUGAAAUUGGAGGAAGAUGGUGAUCUCCUAGGAUUAGACCUUACUCUUGGGUUGAUGAGUCCAACAGGCUGAUGACUCCCGAGAGCUCUUAUUGACGGAAUCAUUGGAGACCUCGAUGUCAAUUCAUCACAACAUUUUGGGCUUUUUUUAGUAAAGGGAAAAAUAGUUUCCUUUUCUUAAUGGUAAUCUUUUUUUGUUUGUUUUUGUUUUUGUUUUCUCUAAGUUUUUGGUUUAUUUUAUUUUGGAGGCAUAUAUAUUAUACAAAUAGAUAAGAGGUAAGAAGUGUAAUUAUGUAGAGUUGUUGGUGAUCGAUCAAUGUACGAAAUGAAAUUGUCACAAUUAGUGACAAAGUGAUCAUUAAUAAUAAUAUAGUAUCUAAUUAACAAUGACUAGUUGCAAUAAA